CGCGUAUUUUGAGAGAGUGAGAUAAAUAAACCACACAUAUUAUGGAAAGAAGAAAUCUGGCUCUGAAGCAUGUUUCAAAUGCAUUAAAUUUAGAUAGCAAUGGGUUUUAUCAAGCUGCAUUUGCAAAAUACUUACAGAGUUUGCAGAUUCUCUCACUGUAUCUUAAUGACUUAUAUGUUUCCCUAGGGUUUCAGAAAAUAAUUCAAGAGAAAAUGGAGGUUAUUCACGUGCUAUCAAUGAUUCAUGAAUGUUCUGAUAGGAUUGCUGCAAUUACUGAAGAAAAAGGUGUGCAUUCUCAGAGCCUUUGUCCUGUUCAGAACCAACAUGAAGAUCCUGAUCUAGAAGCUGAUCUACCUAGAACAUUUCCAGCAUAUGAAAAAAUGCAGAAGGAAAAUAUGUCCAUUUUAAGAAUGUAUGAAAAUCGACUGGAGAAAACUACUGAUAAAUCUGCCAAAACUAACCUAAAAUUGGAAUUGGAGCGAAGACUAGCUGAAAAUCGAAUUGUUACAAAAGCAAAAUAUGAUGCUGCUGUGAAGAAACUUCAAAAAGAAAGAGUGCAAAUGAUGGAAAAGGAAAUCAGGAAAUUGUUUCAAAUCAAUUCCCCUCUAAAUGAGAAAGAAAAAGAAAAAAGGCAGAUAUACUUCAGUGUUGUAAAUUAUGCUAAAACAGAGAUGUGGCCUUGCUCUUGGAAAUUGAAUUGCACAGAAUACUCUGUAUCGGAAGCAUCUCAAAAAGUAUUCAUGAAAAUUAUCAGAUGUCCCACUCAUCCACUUUUACAUUGGAUGAUUAUGAUACAAACAAAAAUUAAACGAGAAGUGGAUCAUAUUUUUAAACAGUAUUCAGACUAUGUUCCGGCUUUAAUAGAUCACCAGUUAGAAAGUUCUUACAAGUUAGAAGAAUUUGAUACAGAGCUUAUGCUCAAAUCUUCAGAAGAAAAAAAUAUGAGGAUACCUUUGCCAAAAUUAGUAUAUCUAAAAUCUGUAUUUGAAAAUACUUCAUCUGAGAUAACAAGGACCAUUGGAAAUUUUCUCGAAAUUUUUUAUUUGGUAUAUAAAUCAUUGCUUCCUGAUGAUUCAGAAGUUCUGUGCUACAAAUUGACCGAAGAACAUCUCUUAAAGCCCAUUUGGCCUACUCUUAUAGUUUUGUGCAGAAUUUUGAAUAUAUCAUCAGAGUACAAAAUUUAUGAAAGCAUGUCAACCCCACGAUGCUCCAACCCAUCCAACUUUGGCAUUGGUAAUGUUACUACAGAAAAUUCAGCAGUACAUGCUGAAUGCAUUUCUUUGCUAAAAAAAUUAUUAGGAUGUACAUCACUUGUAGAAAAAUUGCAAAUUCUUGUUCAAGUUACUCAUAAAAUAUGCGAUGGAAACAUUCAAGCUGAGAACCAACAAAGAAGAAUAGGUGCUGAUGAAUUGAUUCCUCAGUUGUGCUAUGUAAUAUUGCAAUCAAGAUUACCGCAAUUAACUUCUGAAUGCUAUGCACUGGAACAGCUCUUUGACAUGAAAUUUACACUUGGAGAGGAAGGCUAUGCUCUGUCCUCUUUUAUAACUGCUUUAAAAUACAUUGAAAUAAAAAAGGUACAUAAAUUCAAUUAUUUAAAUUUUACAUUGAUUCUAAUUCAGCAAUUUACUCUUUGCAAAUGUUCAUUGUUUGCUUCUUAAACCCCUUUGCCACAGUAAAAUUUCUGAAAAUAAAAUUAAAUAGUUUUGGCUCUUUUAUGCUCUGAAAUGCUAAUUCCAAAGGUGUUAUUCUAAAGUGUCCUUUUCUUCUUCUCAUAGUUGAUGGAUUUUGAAAAUUCUGAAGAAGCAGAGCUUUCAGCAUGAACCUGUUGAACACCACUAUUACAUUUUACUCCUUUCCUGUGAUAUCUUUUUUUCAUAAUAGAGGUCUAUUUAUUGUUUCGCAAAAACCGAUUGUUGCAUUUGUUAGACAAAUCUGUUUUGUAUUUUAAUUUUUUUUUUUUUUAAAUGUGCAAUAGAAAAAACAAAAGUGAAAGCUUGACAGAUGAAAUUAUUAAAGAUCAAUGUCCUUAUUGUUACAAAUAAAAAUCUGAAAAAUAUAUAUGCAAUAUUAUUAUAUUACUUCUUUUUUUCAAAGACAAUCCAUAUCAAAUCUUAAUCGUAAAAAA